GUGACUGGUGCCUCUUGCUGGUAAAAACUUAAUAUUAAUGAGAAGUGUGAAUAUUAAUUAGAACGACAUUUGCAUAUUAAUUUGUUUUAAGAAUGAUUGGUGCCGCAUACUAGUAAACACUGAAUAUUAAUUAGAAAUAUGAAUAUUGCUGAGAACUACAUUUGCAUAUUGAAUGAUUGGUGUCGCAUACUAGUAAACACUGAAUAUUAAUUAGAAAUAUGAAUAUUGCUGAGAACUAUAUUUGCAUAAUAAUUUGUUUUAUGAGUGAUUUGCGCCUUCAUGCUGGUAAAAGAAGUUUUAAUUGGAAAUCUGAAUAUUAAUCAGAACUAUAUUUGCAGCUGGCUGCAUACUCGAGGAGGGAUACAUGCGGCUGAACCGGUCAAACCUAUGCAUCAAAUUGUUCGUCAAGAGAAAAUCGCUUGAUGACGCACGCAGAAGUUGCAGCCAAACAAGUGCCAGAUUGGUUGUCCUGGAUACGGAGGAGAAAAAUACAGAUGUCGGUGAAUAUAUCAAAGGAACCAAGGAUACGGCUACGUACCUCAUUGGGUUGACAGACGUAAAAGAAGAAGGCAGAUUUGUCUGGGAGAAUGGAAAAGACGUCGUUUUUUCAAACUGGUAUAACAGCCAGCCAGAUGAUAACACCGGUAAAAAUUGCGUGGUGUUCUUUCCAACCACAUACCAGUGGUAUAACUACCCUUGCACAGAUCAGAAAUACAUUUGUGAGAAACGAUUCUAGUUCAGUGCAGUGUUUUUUUUUAAUGUAAUAUAAUACCAUUUUUAUGUCAACAAUUGAUGUGUGAAAGCCAUAUUUUCACAAAUAUUGGGGCGAGACGUAGCCCAGUGGUAAAGCGCUUGCUUGAUGCACAGUCGGACUGGGAUUGAUCCCCAUAGGUGGGCCCGUUGGGCUAUUUUUUA